AUCAGAAUAAAGAAUCAUUUCUUUAAUCCACAAGAUAUGACCUGGCCAGUCAAAGUUUCUGUCGGGAUUCCAACUCAGGAGAGAGGAGGAGGAGAGGAACUGAAACUUGAAACUGAGAGCAACCUUUCUAGUGAACACACCAACUGCGGAGUUGAGCGUCAGACACACAACGAUGAACUUUAUCUUUAUAACAGCUUUAAGUCUCUGUGGCUUCUGGGGGAUUUCCAUUUCAGCUUCUGAUUUUCAGACCACAAAGGUCCACCCAGGUGAAGAUGUCAUUUUGCAGUGCACUAACAACUCCAAAUGGGACUCUUUGACUUUCUGGUUCAGAUUGGUCAACAGUACCACAGUCAGCUGUAUCUCUCGUUUGUUAACUUCUAAACGUGAGGUUAAAUACAGUGAUGGAUUUCAAAAUGGAAAAUUUGAAAUGACAACCAACAUCUCCACUGUUUUCCUCAAAAUCAAGCAAGUGGAUCAAUCUGACUCUGGGCUGUAUUUCUGUGGAUAUCACUCAAAUGGACAUCUGCUUUUCAGUGUGACGCGUUUAAACGUUGGUGAAGAGUCUGACGUUGUAGCUAAGCUGACGAGCAUCACCUUGGGUGUUCUGUCUAUUUUCCUCCUAAUGGUCAUCAUUGGGCUGGUUGUUCAAAACAGGAAACUUCAGCAAGCUUUUAAAGAACAACAAAAUCUGGACCAAAGUGAGAGUCGAGACAAUGAUGACUUGAACUAUGCUACAGUAACGUUUCAGCCGAAAGCAAAAAGAAACCAAAUGGGGUCAAACGUGAUCUAUGCUGCUACCAGAUAGCCUCAACUUUCAUAGUGGCCCUUUUUUGGUGCAUGGUUUAAACACAACUGAGAUGAAAAUCCUGACACCUGUUAAGUUGCAUCUUUUUUGUUACAGAAUCUCUAAUGAAACAGUAAAUAUCACCUAUAUUUCUGAACAACAUGGAGUAUUUCGUUGUGGAACCUGGAUCAAACUUUGAGUUGUAUAUUGUGCAUACUACAUGUGCAACCAUAUGGUAAAAGUCUGAAUCAAAGAUACCAAUUAAUACAAAUACAUGUGAACCGAUGUGGUAGCAGACAGUGCUGUGUUUGAGUUAGAUAUAUAUCUGUCUUCAUGACUGGAAAGAUUUUAUGCUUUCUUUUAUAGUUUGACUCAUACACUUAGUUUGUUUAUACCUAAAUUACCUUUUUUUUUUUACUUAAAAAGUUUAAACAUGCUAUGUUUCUUUGUUCUGUUGCA